AUUUUAUCCUCAGCGGCUCAGCGUCACGUCGUCCGCCCGCCACCCCGGGCUUUCCCCACAAACAUAAGUUUACCGGCGGAACAUCAAACCCCGGGAUGGAGGAUGGAUAUGCGUGACCAUAACACAAACUACAGGCAUCGUUGGUGGUGAAGGGAGUUGAUGGAGAGGGUCCAUCAAAUUAGCGGUCAUGCCUCAAUCGAGGUUCUCCGUGGGUUACAAACUUCCCUCCUAAUUUACUAAUAUGCACGACCCUCACCAGGGGAGUAGCAGGCAGGGAAUAUCUCCUCCUAAACUAUAGGAGCACCGCCAAUUGGAAUACCGAGCUGGACAAUUCGGGUCACGGGGCCCUGAUGGUAACAGACAUGCCCUUAAAUGGCAAUUCUUUUGGACAGUUGGGAAACACCGCGUCGGACGAACUCCUGUCCGACCGGCUCGUCUUCUCACCCCCAGUACCUAUCCACAACAUCUACCAGCCCAGUUCCCAACUACCACCCUCGAGCUUCACGCAUUUGGCUUGGCCUGAACCAUCAAUACUUAGAUUCAUCUGGCCUUCAACACGUAAUUUGAGCGCUAAAAUCCAGGAAAGAUGGUGUUGUUCUCUUUACU